UUCCCUGUGCAUGGAUUCUGUGCUGCAACUGCAAGAAAGCGAGCAUAGGAAGUGCGUUUCUAGUAGGGUUGAAGCAAAACUCUGCGGUUGAAGUAGCGAAUAUUGGCGUGGAUGUGGAUCAAUACUACCAGGGGAUAAAUUACACAACCAUACCAUCAUAGUUGUGAGCUCGGGGUCGUACGAUAGGCUACGCUGCAAGCAUCCCCGGCGCCAUCUGGGAGGGAGAGGUUGUGUUGUGGCUUGCUGGUAUUGCCGGGUACGACACGGCGUGGGUUAGCUAAGGUGGGCCUUGGUAUCUGAUUGACCAGCCAGCUAGCGACUUCAAAUAAUAUAAAAUCAAGUGUCAAUCAACACUUACAACUUGCUAAUUUUUUGCUGUGAAUAGCAAUUUCACAGCCUUCUGGGCGCAUCCUAAUUCGAAAUUGAUUGGACUAUCACGCGAACUACAGUAGUCAAAUGGCAGAUAACCUGAGUGAUGCUUUGAAGAAGCUGAAGCUAGCCUCAGUGGACAGCGCCACAGACAGUGUGGAGAGCUGCCUGGACUGCCUGCUCAAAGCACUGGCCCACAACAAUGCUGAUGCCAGUGAGAAGAUCCAGGAGAUGGGCGUUCUCCCCCUGCUUCCCACCCUGCUGGCCCCACAGUCCUCCUGCACCCCCAAAGUAGCCAACAUCAUAGCCGAUGUGGCCAAAAAUGAGUUCAUGCGUAGCCCCUGUGUGGAGGCGGGCCUCAUCCCCCCCCUUGUGCAGCUGCUCCACUCCAAGGACCAGGAGGUGCUGCUGCAGACAGGCCGUGCCCUGGGCAACAUCUGCUACGACAGCCAUGAGGGCAGGAGUGCAGUUGACCUGGCGGGAGGGGCUCAGAUAGUAGCUGGACACAUAAAGUCACUGUCCCAAAAUACUGACCCGGACAAUGGGAAGCUCUUGACUGUCUUUUGUGGCAUGCUGAUGAACUAUAGCAAUGAUAAUGACUCCUUGCAGGCCCAGCUGAUCAACAUGGGAGUGAUCCCCACCUUGGUGAAGCUGCUGGGACUCCACUCCGACAACACAGCCCUCACAGAGAUGUGCCUCAUCGCCUUCGGAAACCUUGCCGAGCUCGAGUCCAGUAAGGAACAGUUUGCCUCAACGAACAUCGCCGAGGAGCUGGUGCGUUUGUUCCAGAGGCAGGCGGAACACGAGAAGAAGGAGAUGAUCUUUGAGGUGCUGGCUCCACUCGCUGAGAACGAUGUGAUCAAGCUGCAGUUGGUGGAGGCGGGCCUGGUGGAGUGUCUGUUAGAUGUGGUAGCUCAAACAGUGGACGGAGUGCGGGAGGAGGAUGUGGCGCAGCUCAAAACAGCCUCCGACCUCAUGGUGCUGCUGCUGCUGGGAGAUGAGUCCAUGCAGAAGCUGUUUGAGGGGGGCAAGGGCAGUGUGUUCCAGAGGGUCCUGUCCUGGGUGCCAUCCCACAACCACCAGCUGCAGCUGGCAGGGGCACUGGCCAUCGCCAACUUUGCUCGCAACGAUGGUAACUGCAUCCACAUGGUGGAAUCCGGCAUCGUUCAGAAGCUGCUGGAUCUGCUGGAUCGCCAUGUGGAGGAGGGCAACGUCACCGUGCAGCAUGCCGCGCUCAGCGCCCUGCGCAACCUGGCCAUACCUGUGGUGAACAAAGCUAAGAUGCUGUCGGCAGGUGUGUCAGAUACGGUGUUGAAGUUCCUCCCGUCAGAGAUGCCUCCUGUCCAGUUCAAACUGCUGGGCACGUUACGCAUGCUCAUCGACACUCAAGCGGAUGCGGCAGACCAGCUGGGGACCAAUGGGAAGCUGGUGGAGCGUCUGGUAGAGUGGUGUGAGGCCAAGGACCACGCAGGGGUCAUGGGAGAGUCCAACAGGCUGCUCUCAGCCCUUAUCCGCCACAGCAAGUCAAAGGACGUCGUAAAAACAGUCAUCCAGGGUGCAGGCGUGAAGCACUUAGUACUCAUGGCGACGAGUGAACACAUGAUCAUGCAGAACGAGGCGCUGGUGGCUCUGGGCCUCAUCGCCGGGUUGGACCUGGUGGGGGCUGAGAAGGACUUUGUUGGGGCUGGCCUGGUACAGGUGCUCCACAAGCUUCUGUCAGACGAGAUGAGUGCGCCGGAGGUCAAAUACAACUCCAUGAUCAUCAUCUGUGCGGUCAUGGGCUCAGAGCCUCUCCAUAAAGAAGUACAGGGCCUGGCAUUCAUCGACGUGGUCUCCAAGCUGCGGUCGCACGAGAACAAAACGGUGUCCCACCAGGCGUCGCUCACAGAGCAGAGGCUAACGGCACAGAGCUAAAGGACUCUAACUCCCACAAUCCCCCACUCCCACAUCCCCCCCCAAGCCCCAAUGCCUGCCUCAUAGCCAAUCCCUGCCCCCCAUUCCUCUCUUCAGAAUCUCCCUGCAUCUGUGUGUGUCCCAUCGUCACGUGCCAAGGUAUCCUGUCUCUGUCCCCCUGUCAACAGCCAGCUGUUCCAGCUAACUACCCCCCU